UUUAAUUCCCAAACACCAACAUUCUCCUUUAGUCACAUCUUCUCCAUUCAUUUCUGUCUCAAUCUCUUUUGGAAAUUUUAAGAAUGGGUUGUACUGUCAUGGAGACAAAACCAAAAGAUGAUGAUAUCCCGUCUUCCGAAAGUAUCAAGAAAUAUAACAAAGGGGUUAAGCAUUUAUGUGAAACUGGAAUUGAUAAUGUCCCUAAGAAAUACAUAUUUCCUGCUUCUCAAAGAAACAAUGAAAAUGAAGUAGUGUUAAGCCUUAAGUUGCCUGUUAUCGACUUUGCUGAACUGCAAGGUCCUAAUCGGCACAAUGUACUUCAUUCUCUUUCGAAAGCUCUUGAGAAUUAUGGGUUUUUUCAGGUUAUAAACCACGGCAUUUCUGAUGAUACUAUUGACAAUACCAUUGAUGUAAGUCGACGAUUUUUCCAACAGCCCAUGGAAGAGAGAUCAAAGUAUAUGUCGACUGAUCUUCAAGCACUGGUCCGUUAUGGAACUAGUUUUAAUCAAACCAAAGAUAGCGUAUUUUGUUGGAGGGAUUUCUUGAAACUUAAUUGUCAUGCCAUGGAAGAUUCUCUACCUCAUUGGCCUACUUCUCCUUCAGAUUUUAGUGAUUCGAUAUUUGAGUACGCCAAGCAGAACAAAUUCUUGUUUUUCAAGAUCAUGGAAGCCAUUAUAGAGAGCCUUGGUAUAAUUUGUAAAAGCACAGAAGAUAACAGCAACGAAAAUGACGAAGCCUUGAAGGAUUUUGUUUCACAAGAAUUCGGAAACGGAAGCCAUCUUAUGGUUAUCAACCAUUACCCAUCUUGUCCACAACCGGAGCUAACACUUGGUAUACCACCACAUUCCGAUUACGGGUUUCUUACUCUUCUACUCCAAGACGAAGUCGAAGGACUUCAAAUACAACAUGAAGGACAAUGGCUAACCGUCGAACCAAUCCCAAAUUCUUUCGUUGUCAAUGUUGGUGACCAUCUUGAGAUAUUCAGCAAUGGAAGAUACAAGAGUGUAUUACAUAGAGCAAUAGUGAAUUCAAACAGAUCAAGAACAUCGGUUGCUUCGUUGCAUAGUAUGCCAGUCAAGAAUAUGGUGAGACCAUCACCAACACUCAUCAAUGAAGAGAAUCCAAGGCGUUAUUUGGACACAGACUUUGCUACGUUUUUCAAUUUUAUCUCUAAUUGUGAACUUAAAGAGAAAGAUUUUCUUGAUUCAAGAAAGUGCUGAUCUUUGGGAGAAAAGUAAGACCAUGGCAAGUCAAAACAAAAUCUUUGAAGAAUUGAGUAUUUAUUAUGGGUUUGUGUUUUCGUCUUUCAGCAUCAUCACAGUGACAUCAGCCUUUCCGUUCCAGAGUACUUGUGGCCCUUGUGUGUAGGGUUCUACUGAGAACCUUUCUAUUUCAUUUCCAUUUCUCGUGCAUCAAAUUCUAUUUAGGUGGACAACUAUCAUAUUGAAACAUAGUUUCCAAUUUACUAUAUAACUUUCUUCAAUGGUGAUUUUUUCCUUGGUAAUCACUAUAACCUUUUCCGUUUGUG